CUCCCAUCCCACCAUAUCCCGCUACCGCUGUUCCUUCUUCCCCCAGACCACCACCUACCCCACCCCACCGCCAUCAUCUUCCUCUCCCUCGAGACAACCGUGAGCCUGCAUCCGAGAUGUGAAGCAUCAUCUAACGCUUGUUCCGAGGGCGUUCAUGAAGCACUCAAUGCGGCGGUGGUCACUGAAGCAACGACCAUCAACAACAAAUUGCUUCACAUCACCAAACUCCACGUGUGCAAACACAACUAUGACUUCAACUUGUGUGCCCACGUUCUGCAAUCUUAUCCCGAAGCAUCAUCAACAACAACAACAAACAUAAAAUCCUUAGCCAAAGUUAUCCAAGAGAUGGCCAAAAAGCAAUCAACCAUCCUGGGUAAACUCUUUACUGAGCUAAGGAACAACAAAGCUACCAAGCAACCAAUCAAGUUGUUAUUGGAUCUAUGUGCCUCCUUGUAAAAUGAUGCAACUAUUUCUUCUCACAAAUUGGUAAUAAAAGCUUGCCACAUUCUUUCACAUUCUUUCCAUUGAUUAAGUUAUUCAUAUGCUGAAUGCAAUGGUGGCUUGAUGAGGUGAAGGGUAAAGCCUCUUACCAAGUCAUACACAGACUCUUUAAGCGAGCUUGGAAUCUCAAGAUUAUAGUGGCUCAUCCCUUACUCUCAUUGGUUCUCAAAGAAUUUGUCAUUUGAUAUUGAUGUCAGGUAAACCUUUUUGAGUUUGUCCAAUAUCCCCUUAAGAGGUGCAGGACAAGGAGCAGCAGCCUAGAGCUUAAGGCGAUAAGAGACAUUUGCAGGAGUCAUCUACUCCAUUUGCAUGAAUCUAUUUGUUUCAACUCUGCAGCAUUCUUUAGUUGUUCCAGUUGCUUUUUUUUACGUGUAGCUCCUUUACAUGAUUUCGUUUCCUGUUAAUGUUUAUUUACUUUGUCAUUGGAUUCCAUAAAUGAACUCCAUGUAAU